AUGGACGGCGGCGGACGGGAGGUGGGCUCGAACAGCGGGAGGUUCCCGAUUCUGCAGGCGAAUAGGGACCCCGAGUCGAAUUGGGAGGUGGACGUUGCCAAGAGCCUCGAGGAGUACCUGCUCAAGAUCUGCUCAGGGGAGGUCUCCGGCGAGGACGGGGCCCACUCUGUCAACUUUGCCGAAGCUGCAUUAUUACUCCAAGGAUCGGUUCAAGUGUACAGUAGGAAGGUGGAGUUCUUGUACUCGUUGGUGCUUCAUGCGUUAGAGUUCCUUUCGCAAAAGAAGCAGGAUCAACUGGAAAAUGGCUCAGCUCAAGCUAAUCAAAGUGACCCUAGCACGAUUGCCAAUGAAGAUGAUAUAUUUAUGGGGUUAGAUGAUGUCCCUGCGGAAUCAAGGAUAUCUCUGAAUAACAAUGUCAAUCGAGAUGGUUUACGAAGCAAAAUUGUGAGGCCACCAGCAAAUCUACUGGUGUUUGAAGGGGACUGUCUGGAUAGCGAAGCGAGUGAGCUAGACACAUAUUUGUUAGCAACAUGUGAUUUUUAUGGAGAUUUCCUCCUGCUGGAUCCUUGUGAUGCACCAGCUGUUUUUGACUUCCUGCAAGGAAAACAUUCUGGUAAAGAAAAUAGUGUGGCUCAUCAAGGCAGUUCAGCACCUUCUAAAAGCCGAGCCAAUGUUUUCACUUCCCCAAAUGCUAGAUCAGCAGGCACAGGUCGUAAAUCGUCCGCUGGAAAAGUCUUAGGAGGUCUAGAUCCAACCCAGGAGAAUCCUAACCAAUCUUCACAAGAAACCAUUCCUGAUGACAACCACUGGUCUGAUCCUGUUGAACCUAGCUUUGCUGAUGAUGUUGAAAUGCCUCACCCAGAUGAUAUAGAGGAUCCUGUUGGAGAUUAUUCUGAUGAUGAGGAUCCAUGGAAACCUUUGAAUCCACAUGAACCUGGCAACCUAAAGAUUCGGCCUUACCGAAGAGUGAAAGGUUCUCCACGGGCGGUUAUUGGCACUUCGAAAAAGAAAACUCUCACAUUUCUUUUUCCUAUGGCAAAGAUGGAUGGCAUUGUCAUACCUGAACAUGCUAAAUCUUUUGAAGCGCAGCAGUCUCAGCAGGAGGAACAUUAUGGUUCCCAAUCACCCCCUCGUUUUGAAAAGUUUUUGAGAUCAUUUGAAUUUGGAGAAGAAAAUCCCAAUGUGUUUGGAGAUUUGAAAGAUGACAAUGGAUCAAAUACUGGCAUUAAUUUUGAGAAUGAUGAUCCAGACAUGCCAAAUGACAUAGAUGUUGAUCCUUAUGUUCCAACAUAUCCUGGCGAGACUAUUGCUGCGACUCCGAAUAGUACACAGGAUGACAUAAAUACACAUACAAGCCUCGACGACUUGUGUCGUUCACAUCUGAAUGCUCUCCUUGCCAGCAUCGCUGAGGCUGAAAAGCAGAGUGAGAUGGAUGCUCGAGUUUCAACAUGGAAAGAAAGAAUUGAGGAUGCCUUGGAAGAGCAGGAUAAAAACCCACCUUUUGAUAUCGGUUCAUAUGGGGAGCAAAUCCUUGACACACUUUCAUCAAGAACUGACAAUACAGGAACUGCAUCUUUUAGUGAGAUUGUUAGUGGCAGACCAAAAUAUGAGGUUGCCAGAACAUUCUCUGCCCUUCUCCAGUUGGUGAACGGCAGAAGUGUUGAUCUGGACAAAGGACAAGCCACAAAUGAGUUGGUGUGUCACACAGCAGAGAAUCCAUUCCAUGUAAAGCUCAUCGGUCCCAACCGGAGGCCAGAAAUGGAAGCACGCUUUGCACGGAAGCGAGGGAAGUCCCCACUGCAAAAUCCUGGCCAAAGUGGUGAGUCCUCCCUGGCGCAAUGGGAGUCCCUGAAGAAACCAUCGCAUAAAAAUGGCAAGAUUCCAGUCAAGACAGCUAUCAGGCUGACUCCUGAUGGCAAGAGAAGGCGAAAGUCAGCUGCUCACCUAAUGUAGCCGAUCAAUCUGGAAUCCAGCAGAUGAAUGGAUUGAUUCGUGGGCACCCAGAGUGUGAUUCUUCUAAUUGUUGUAACCUCAGUGGCAGGGUGGGCUGUAACCUGUAAGUUAUGACUUAGGCCUAGGUAGCGGGUGUACAUGUAUAUUAGUUCGUUGUGCUGUUAUGUAGGUACGCUAUCAGCCCCAAGUGUAAUGUUAACAGGGCAAGAUUUGUUGACGGACUUGCCCUUUUAUACAGGGACGACGUUGUCAAGUGAUUCAUUCUGAUUCAAUAAACUAGCAUUUUGCCGAGUCUGUUAGGUAA